UAUUCUCACAACUGCGUAGUAGGGUUUCCAAAGGUUACAAAUUCUAAGAAUAAAGAUCAUAUCGCCAUUAAUAAGGAAGGAAAAGAGCAGAAAAAUGCUUUUUCACGUUUCUACCGUAUAAGCCAGAAGCAUGAUGCUUCAAGCGGAUCAUAGUACUUGGAUUUCAGAGAAGGGACAUUUUUGUAAUUUUAAAUGUAAACCAAAAUAUAAAGGAGAUACAUAUAUUGGUAAGGGAGUGGCAUUCAAGCAGCGAUCGUGCAAAUCGCCGAUGAGUGUGAUUGUGAAGGUCUUCGGACAUACCCAUGGCGGGACAAAGACCUGGGGACACUAUAAGGCUGUAGGUCAUCUGGCAAGGCAGUUCGCUGAACCUUUCAACAGCUAUCUUGGUACCACUAAUGCUGGACCAAAGGUUGAAUUUCUUACACCAGAGAUGGCGAUCAUGAACACUCAAUCCGACUUCCAAAUGUUUGCUCGUUUCUUCUGGAAUUUCAAAAAGAUAUUCUCGGAGGAUGAAGCUGUAGUUAUCGAACGUCGGCUGAAAGGCGAUUUUAUCACAUACGUACACACAACAGGACAUGCAACACAUGAAAUGUCGGCACUGCCUGCAGCAUUUUGUCAUUUUUCGUAUCAAGAAAGUGGCGUCCAGUUUGUAAUAUGCAAUCUCCAAGGUGUUCAUGACAAAGAAAAGUUUGUGUUUACAAACCCGGUGAUUCACUCGAUCAGCGAAACAUUUGGUGAAUCCGACAAGGGGGCUAAAGGUAUCGCCACGUUCUUCGAAAACCAUGUGUGUACGUACCUCUGUCAGGACUUUAUAAAACCAGGUCAUAUAGCAAAAGAGUUUACAGCAUUAGAUGAGGACAGACCGCCACGUUACUCAAUUUUGUUCCCAGAUCGCCGAAUCGUCUAAGCUAUGUUUGCUAGUUUACCGCCUUAUUUAUUUCUACAUGUAGACCUUAAAAGACCUAAAACUGAUAUUCUUUUGGCCGGUCUUUGUCUUGAACCACGCCUUAAUCAUGUUUAAAUACAUGCAAGACAGGCUUUUUCAGCGUACCAAUUUCCAAGACAAGCUCGUUUUACAUGAGACACAAUGCAGGAAUGGAUACUAAAACUGAAACCGGUCAUUUGAAUUGUAUACCAUGCGUUUGUCGACAAAAGAAAAUGACUGAUAUUUUACAUAAACCAUGGUAUAAGGGAGACGACUCAGAAUUGUACAGUUAUCGCUCACGAAGCCCGUUUGUACUUGCAUAAUGACAACUCAAACACAAUGGCUAAAUUUACGAGGAGGAACGUCGUUUUGAAAAAAUAAUAAUAAGCUUCCUGAAUACUAAGUCUUUGUAACACGUUUUGUUGCCAAACUACUUUAUGAGAUUCCUGUCAGUUCAUAGUAUUGCAAUAAGUAUAUAUUUUUGAAGAUUUAUGUGUUGUUUGCUUUUCUAUAUAAUGAACAAUUUCACUGUAUGAUUUUCUUUAAACAUCGAUAAUUUCGGUGUUUAUUUUGCAGUAGCUUCACAUCAUAACUGUUUGUGAUAA